AUGCACGAGGAUUAUCACCCCACAGAUCAAUACUCCAAAUGGGACCCGCGGGGAUGGUCCUUGAUGAAGAAGAUUUUUCUAGCGGCCGGCAUCAUCGCGGUGAUUGUGGCAGUUGUCGUUGGUGCUGUUCUAGGGGUGCGCGCCAAUCGGUACCCCAAUUACUCGAAACUAGACUACAGCCUGAAAGACGAGUUCUCGGGGUCGUCCUUUUUCGACAACUUUGAAUAUUUUACUGACACAGACCCAACCCAUGGAUUUGUCCAGUAUAUAGAUCGAGGUGCGGCUACAUGGCUCAAUCUAACCUCCGCUACAGACACCUCCGCGGUGCUCAAGGUGGACACGACGUACAGUGGAUCGGAGGCUGCUAACGGGCGUCAAUCUGUGCGAGUCACAUCCAACAAUACAUAUGCCAAUGGGCUUUUCAUCUUCGACGUUAUUCACACCCCGUACGGGUGUGGUACAUGGCCAGCCCUGUGGCUGACAGACCCCAACAACUGGCCCGAGUACGGAGAAAUUGAUGUUGUGGAAGCGACUAAUGCUGGAACCUUUGGAACUCAGUCAACACUUCACACAUCGGAAGGUUGCACCAUGGGCGUUAAACGAAAGGAAAGUGGCUCUGUGGAUCACGAGAACUGUUAUUACGAGGCGAAUGGCUACACGGGCUGUGGUGUCAAGGGUACUGCGAGUACUUACGGUCCUGAGUUUAAUAGUAACGGUGGCGGAGUCUAUGCUAUGGAACUCCGCGACGCCGGUAUUCGCGUAUGGCAAUGGGUCCGCUCCAAGAUCCCCUCCGAUAUCACCUCGGGCAGUCCCGAUCCAUCCACCUGGGGAAAAGCAUUCGCAGACUUCCCCAGCACGGAUUGCAACAUUGGUUCUCAUUUCAAGAACCAGAGUAUCAUUAUUAAUAUCUCUUUGUGUGGUGAUUGGGCUGGUGCGAGCAAGUACUAUACUACACAGAGUAGCUGUCCUGGAAACUGCACGACGUUUGUGCGGGAUAACGCGACUAGUUUUGAGACCGCGUACUGGGAAUUCGGCAGCUUCAAAGUCUAUCAGACUUCGUGA